CCCUCUGACUUACUCGCCACAUGUCCCCGCAGCUUUCGCCGGAUUUCAUUACAUAAUUGCCUCGUAUCACCUCCAAACACGGGGCCAGGCCGCGUCUGACCGACAGCUGAUCGGCUCCUUCGCGGGUACCAUCGCUCCACUCCUUCUCUGCAGGACCUCCUCUCUGAACAUCUCCCAUCCCUCCCUCACACACUUGCCAUGCAGGAGGUGUAACCCUCCUCCUUCCUCUUCUCCUUCCUUGUGUGUGCCAUCGGAGGAAACCCGAAAAACAGAAAACAAAAAAAAAACACUGUACGUGUAACAAGAUAAGAUGUCAGACCCUGACCCCUCCUCGCCGGCGGACCCACCGCUGCCACUCACCUCCCCGCGCACCCCCCUGCAGCUCUCCUUCCCCUUCCUGAGGGAGGGCAGCCGGGUUUGGGAGAGGGAGAGGAAACCGCCACAGCCUGGAGAGUUGCCCAGCCCACUGCCCACCAAACGCACCCGGACAUACUCAGCGACAGUGCGAGCCAAAUCAGGUCCAGUAUUUAAAGGGGUGUGCAAAAACUUCUCCAGGUCUCAGGGUCACGGAUUCAUACGUCCUUCUCAUGGAGGAGAGGACAUCUUUGUCCACAUCUCUGACAUUGAGGGAGAGUACGUGCCUAUGGAAGGGGACGAGGUCACUUACAAGGUGUGCCCCAUCCCUCCCAAGAACCAGAAGAUCCAGGCCGUCGAGGUGGUGAUCACCCACCUGAAUCCCGGCACCAAGCACGAGACCUGGUCAGGUCAGAUCAUCAGCUCCUAGACCGGUGCUUCAGGGCUGCAGGGAUGGAUUGGAGCCGAGGGGGAUGUGGAUUUAAUUUAUGUUUUCAGGUUGUGAGGUGUGGGACCAGGUCUGAGGAAGAGGGAUUAGAGUAUGACGUACGUUGAGGGGCCAAAUUGGUUAUGGGAGGGCGUUGGUGAACAUUUGAGUAUAAAGGUUAGGGUCAGAAAUUAAGCUUUGAAUGUACAUGUUUGAAUGUCGGCCAUGGUUUCACCGUUUGGCUCGAAUAUUUUAGUUGAGGGGUUAAAAGUUGGGGAUGGAAAGUUUGGGUUCAGGGCUUGGUGCUAGCAUUUUUACUUUGAUGUAGGGAAUAUAUUUUAGUCAGGAAAUCAGUGGUAGAGAAGCAGUGUCUUUGAAGAGUUGAGACGCUGAGGAAGCCGAUGGGUUAGAGGCCGAAAUGCAUUUUGAGCAAAUCUGAAAUAAUUUAGCCAUCACUCCAUGAGCACACUACUGAGGAGUUUAAACUGAGGGACCAGCUCACAGGAGGUCUGAAUUUUACUCCUACUUUUAUUUUUUCAUUCUUCUCACAACUGAUAGACAUCGCGUGCCGCCACUGCCAAAAGCCUUGUGUCAAACGUGUGUGUGUCAGUGUUUACAGCAACAGAAGGAGUCGGGUUUCUGAGGAUUAAAAGGGAACAGAAAACGUCUGUAUCUGUCUUCUCUGUUGUUUACGAUCAGGCUUGGCUAAACGUGAAAGGAACAGCUCCUCAGAUCUGCCUUCAUCUCUCUCUGCCUUCAGCAAAUCAAAGCAUUUUCAAGGUUGCUUGACGUGCCACGAAACACCACCAAACGAGUGUAAGUACGGUGGUAAGUCAGUCUGACACACACACAGUUCACUCUUAAUGCGUUUCGGCCUCAAGACCUGUGAUAAACUCCACAUUUAAGGAAUUAUUUUCCUUCUUAAUAUUGUAGCACUACUGUAUUUUAUCUACUUGGUAAAUGUAGAAAUACAGUAUUAUUGUAACCAGCUCCUAUGACGGUCAAACUUUUCGGUGGUAGAGACAGUAGAAGGAUGCUGUGCGGGCGACCUGCCGCUGGAAAACCAGGCCAGAGGGUUUUGGGGUUAGGGAAAGGAAACUAGGAGAGGGGAAGGAUACUGGGGAACGGGCAGAGGAUGGAGUGAUUGUCUGAUAAAUGUACUUGAGCACAGAUGCAGCUAGAUUUGAAAUGUUGUAAAGCAUGUGGAAGGAGGGAGACCAAGGUGAAAGUCAGCAGUUCUCAACCCAUGGACUGUGAGUUUAGCUUAACGUUAAGUUAAAGAAACAGUUCGACAUUGUGGGAAAAGUGAUUUUUGUUUUCUUGCCAAGAGUUAAAUUAUAGGUCAAUCUUCAUGCCAGACUGUUGGCAAGAAAGUGGAUAAGUUUCCCAGAGUGUUUGGAUGGCUGGAUUUUUCUGUCAUAAAUGACCAUAAAUGACUCCUUGUUGUGGAAAACAAUAUUCGCAGGCUUCAGGCUUUUUUUCUUUCUUCAGAAUAAACUGAUGUAGAAAAAUAAGUAUCACCAUAUCAAAUCAGAAAGAGGAGGGUCACGCUGAGGAGGAUGAACUGCUGACUUUUAGGCUGAAGGUUCAGUAAGUUUCACACGUCACAGCAAAUGACGGUGAAAAUAAAUAAAUAAAAAAAUCAGUGCAGCAAAAGCUUCCUGGUGUAAGUUUAAAAAAAAAGAAGACUAUUUAUUUAUUGACUUAUUUAUUUUCAUUUGUAACUAUGAGAACAUCAGGUGUUUGGUAAUUAAAAGCUGCAUUUCUAAGUAUUUGUGCGACUAUAAGCCUGUUUGAAUACACUGCACACCUCACUCUAAUGAUACUACCCUGUACAAAUCCCUUUGCUACUGUCAUGUCAUCGACAGGCCAAAAAAAAAAAAAGAAAAAGAAAAAAAACCCUUCAACCUUUCCAAACACAAAUUUCUUAUUUCUAC